AUGUCGAAAUCAACCGAAUUAUUCUUGGAACUCAUACAAGACUUUGAGGAUAUAACCCCUAGUCCGAAAGCACAAGGCGAGUGCAGAUCCGCUCUUUACUCUGGGAAUGGACAAGUGUUUGCAUACACACAACCUAGUGAGGUUGUAAUAUUGGAUACCUCAAGCCAAGCCAACCUUUAUCACCGCAUUGAAAUACCAGACGUUUUUGAUUUGAGCUUUUCUCCAAAGGGGACUUAUUUGUGCCUUUGGUGCAAACCGGUGUUAUUGAACAAGGAAAAUGGAACCUGGAACAAAAACUUGAAGAUUUUCAACAUCAAGUCAAAGGCCAUAAUCGCUGAAUGGAGUGUUAAGCACCAAAACGGCUGGAAGCCUCAAUUUACUAGUGAAGAAACAUUGUUUAGUAGAGGAGUGAAUAACCGUGAGAUUCAAUUUUUUGAAAUCAAGGCUGAAAGUGAUUCUGAGGUCAAUAUGAACCAACCGACGUUUAAAUAUAAGUUAGAGGAUGCAAAAGGCACGUUUCAAAAUUUCCAAAUCUCACCCGGUAAGAACCCUAGUGUUGCUGUAUUUAUUCCUGAGAAGUCGGGUAAACCUGCCAGCGUGCUCAUUUACAACAUCCCUAAUUUCAACCAACCAGUUUGUUUUAAAAAUUUUUUCAAAGCCGAGAGAUGUUUAUUGACCUGGAACUCUUUGGGUACUGCAUUAUUAGCAUUGGCAUCAACUGAUCAUGACACCUCGAACAAGUCUUAUUAUGGUGAAACAAACCUCUAUUUGUUGGGUAUUGCUGGGUCGUACAAUUCGAGAAUCGACUUGACGAAAGAGGGACCAAUCCAUGAUAUUACGUGGUCGCCAACUGCCCGUGAAUUUGCCGUUUCUUACGGGUAUAUGCCUUCUGAGACUACGUUCUUUGAUGCUAGAGGAAAUGCCAUUCAUUCAUUGCCUACAGCUUCGAGAAAUACUAUUUUGUAUUCACCUCACGCCAAGUUUGUGUUGGUUGCGGGAUUUGGAAACUUGCAAGGUACUGUUGACGUUUAUGAUCGUCAAAACAAGUUUGCCAAAGUUGUCUCGUUCGAAGCUUCAAACACUUCGGUUUGUGAAUGGUCGCCAUGUGGUAGGUUUAUCUUGACUGCUACUACAUCACCAAGAUUGAGAGUUGAUAAUGGUUUGAAAGUAUGGCAUGCAAGUGGUAAGCUCAUUUAUUUGAAAGAGUUUCCCGAAUUGUACUCAAUUGGAUGGAAACCACAAGAUUUGUCGCAAUUCCCACCAUUAAGGGCAUUAGAGCCAGCUCCAGAAGUGCACGAAUCUGCUAAAGAAUACACUGCUAAACGCGAGGCCAUAGCAAAUGCGGCUGCCAAGAAACCCGCUGGUGCGUAUCGUCCGCCACAUGCACGAGGAAGUGCUUCACUGAGCUCUGCUUCGAGUUUGUAUCAAAAGGAACUUGAAAAUAACAUGAAGAGUGGCACUCCUCCCCCACCGGGCUUGUCAAGGAAUGGUGUUGGAAGAGUCAAAACCGUACCUGGUGCCGCUCCCGUCGCUGAGAAAGAAAGUAAGGCUGCCGCCAAGAAUAGAAAAAAAAGAGAGGCUAAAAAGUCGAAAGAAGAAUCUCCAGCCCCAGCUCUGUCGGGUAAUGCUGGUACUGGAAAUGGUUCUGAUACUGCUUCUGCAGAAGCAGGUGCAGGUGUUAUUGGAGGUAUUGUUUCAGUUGAGGAGAAGAAAAUUAGAUCGUUGUUGAAAAAGUUGAGGGCGAUUGAGCAAUUGAAGAUGAAGCAGGCUGGAGGUGAACCUUUAGAGGAUACCCAAGUGAUUAAGAUUUCAAAAGAAGACGAGAUCAGAUCUGAAUUGCUGACAUUAGGAUGGACUGAAUAA